AUGGUCGCCAUCUCUAAACUUGUCAACAGCGGUUUGCUUCUUGCUGGUCAAUCUGUCUUCAGCGAUGUUGCUUCUCCACAACAAGCUUCGACACAGCAGUACAACAUCUUAUCCUUUUUGGGUGGUGCAGCUCCAUACAUUCAACACCCUGGUUUUGGUAUCUCUCCAGAUGUUCCUCCUCAGUGUACAUUGGAGCAAGUUCACUUGUUGUCUAGACACGGAGAAAGAUACCCUUCUACCAACUCGGGUAAGACUUUGGAGAAGAUCAUGAAAAAGUUCGAGAAUUACAACGGUACAUUCACUGGUGAGUUGGCCUUCUUGAAUGACUACACUUUCUUCGUUCCUGACAACGCUCUCUUGGAGAAGGAAACCACCCCUUUCAACUCCCACAGCCCAUAUGCGGGAACUUCUAAUGCCAUGAGACAUGGUAUGUUCUUCAGAAACAAGUACCAAUCCCUUUUCAAUGCAACUGAGGAGACCCUUAAUGUGUUCACUUCCAACUCCGGUAGAGUGCACCUCACCUCUCAAUACUUUGCUAGAGGCUUCAUGGGAGAGCAAUACUCAGAUGAUGCUGUCAAAUACUACGUCAUCACCGAAGAUGCUGAGAUGGGUGCUAACUCAUUGACCCCAAGAUCUGGUUGUCAGGCUUACGAUGAAGAUGCUAACGACGACCUUGUUUCGAAGUUCGACACAUCUUUCUUGGAAGAUGCUCAAAAGAGAAUCCUCAAGGGUAACGACGGCCUCAACUUGACCACCAGUGAUGUCAAUCAACUUUUCUCUUGGUGCGCUUAUGAGAUCAAUGUCAGAGGUUCUUCGCCUUUCUGCGACUUGUUCACCAACGAAGAGUUCAUCAAGUACUCAUACUCCACCGAUCUUUCAAAUUACUACUCGCACGGUAAAGGCCACAACCUUACUCAUGUUAUUGGUGCCCCAUACUUAAACGCUACCUUGCAAUUCUUGAAGGAAGAGAACCCAGACUUCAAGGUCCUUUUGGCUUUCACCCAUGACACUGACGUGGAAAUCUUCCACUCUGCUCUUGGUUUGCUUGAGCCUAAGGAUGACUUGCCAACCGACCACAUUCCUUUCCCUAACCCAUACGUUCACUCUCAAAUUGUGCCACAAGGAGCCCGUUUGUACACUGAAAAGUACACUUGCGACGGUGAAAGCUACGUCAGAUACCUUGUUAACGAUGCUGUUUACCCUAUUCAAUCUUGUCAAUCUGGCCCAGGUUUCUCCUGUAAACUUUCUGACUUUGAGUCCUAUAUCAACUCGAGAUUGGAAGGUGUGGACUACGCUAGCCAAUGUAAUGCUACCAACGUUCCUAGCGAAGUUACUUUCUUGUGGGACUACAAAACCGCAAACUACACUGCUACCGACAUCAACGCUUAG